AUGGCAUCUCCGGAUGGCCAUUUUAAGUUUUCUCGCUGACGUCACUUCCGGGGUUACCUGAGUCGUUACCGGGAGCCGCAAACAAGGUGUACAAGUAUCUGAAGAGCUGUCGGGAUGCAGCAGAGCGGAGCGGCUGGAGGCCGUGGCUGCGCGCUCUUUUCAGUGCUGGGUAUCCUAUUUUUCCAGGGUGUUCAUAUCGUCCUUUCCUUGGAGAUUAAUGCAGAUGCUCAUGUCCGAGGUUAUGUUGGAGAAAAGAUCAAGUUGAAAUGUACCUUUAAGUCAACUUCGGAAGUCACUGACAAACUGACCAUAGAUUGGACAUACCGCCCUCCCAGCAGCAGUCGCACAGAGUCUAUUUUUCAUUAUCAGUCUUUCCAGUACCCAACCACAGCAGGCACAUUUCGGGAUCGGAUUUCCUGGGUUGGAAAUGUGUACAAAGGGGAUGCAUCUAUAAGCAUAAGCAAUCCUACCCUUAAGGACAAUGGGACAUUCAGCUGUGCUGUGAAGAAUCCCCCAGACGUGCACCAUAAUAUCCCCCUGACAGAGCUAACGGUCACAGAAAGGGGUUUUGGCACCAUGCUGUCCUCUGUGGCCCUUCUUUCCAUUCUUGUCUUCAUUCCCUCAGUGGUGGUGGUGGUUCUGCUGCUGCUGAGAAUGGGGAGGAAGGCUGCGGGGCUGAAGAAGAGGAGCAAGUCUGGCUAUAAGAAGUCAUCUAUUGAAGUUUCAGAUGACACUGACCAGGAGGAGAAAGACGAGUGCAUGGCAAGGCUUUGUGUCCAUUGUGCCGAGUGUCUGGCCACCGGUGACCUUUGUAAAAGUGGCUCCAGUGGAACGGUGGAGUCGAAGCCUGACUCGGGGAGGUCAAGAAAGAUUCCAAAGAGACACUGGAGAAUGUGGGAUUCAGACUAUGAAGAGACAUACUGAUGAAAGUCAGCAGAAUGUAAGAAGAGUCACCUAACAACAGAAAACAUCCAUUCUGCUGCAGCUGUAGCCUUUCCAGAGGAGGGGAGCUGGCCAGGACAGCAGUGACGGAGGAUUCUGGAGGUCUUCAGUAAAGACUAUGAACCAUUUAUUUAUUGAAGAAAUCUUCUUUUUGUAUUUAUAAACUGUUCAGAAACUUUCAUAAGAGACUCAUGACUUCCCCUUUUAAAAAGUUACACUCUAAUUGAAUGAAGAAAUUCUUUCCUUGAAGAGAAAGAUAACUUUUUGGUUUACCUUUGUUCUUGAAUGUAUUAUGUUUUCUUCCAAUUGUUUGAAGGAGAAUCCUAAAUGUGUGCCACACUGCUGAUGCCAAAGUGCUAUUUUUUACUGAAGCAAAGCUUGCAGCUCCUGAUGAUGGGCUACCAGACAAAAGGCUUGUUUGGGAUAGAUGUCCAUUAGCCAUGAACUUUUCCAGCUGUGAGUCUACAACAUACACUACUUGGUUCAAUGAUAUAAUCAUUGGUUGUAUCUGGGUGACUUGGAAUGAGCCCCUAAUUUUUUUAGAGUUGUUUGGAUCAGGAGUCAUUGGUUUGCUUUGACUGGGUUUUUAAACUAUUAAAGUAUUAUCAUUUACACUUAAGGAAAGGACUAGUGAGGUAGAGGAAUUAUUUUUGUUUGUCUUGCUAGGUGCAAUUUGGGCCAAGGAGCUUUGUCAUUCUACUUUCCUAUAGUUGACUAAUUUGUGGUUUCCUUCUUGACUUUUCAGGUCAGAGGCAAGAAAAACUCCUCAAAAGGUUUUAAGUGGGGACUUAUAGAAUAUAUUGAACAGUUAGUUGAAAUUAAAUCUUUUCACUUGUAUUGUCCUUCAAAUUUUUUUGGUCUAAAAUACACCAAUUAUGAGUGAACUAUGGUAUUUGCAAGCUAUUUUGCAUAAUAUUGGAGAGGAGGAAGUAAGGUUAUGCACAACAUCUAUGUCUUCUUUCUCUUCUCUCUAUACCUCAAAACACAUUCCUCCAUUCUACAGCAACCUACUUCACUUUUUGAUUAUCCCUUCUCCCAUCUUUGUUGUUUCAGCAGAGAAUGGUCCCUUUCCAUGGUUCUUCCCUAGGUGGCUCAGGAGGCUUUCCUAUGGUAGUAUUAUAUACUAUAUAUGUUUUUUUAAAAAUCAGUUCUACAUUUUCUGCCAAGAUCUAAUUUCUAAAAUUUGUGCCAUUAAUUCCAUCCCAAUGAUUUGGCCUCGUCUCUUUUGUUAAUUUAGUGCACAGAUUAGAAAAUCUGGUUAUUUGAUAGAUAUUUUUGAAUUGUUUCUGGUCACAUCAGUCUGUUGCAGAGGCCAAGACAGGACUGAUGUUUACAUUUCCAGUGAUUAAAUUUUAUACUUUUUUUUUUCACCAUUUGUUAAUUAUGUGAUUCUCUGUGGUCAAUUUAACGAGACCAUUCUGGUGCCUCAAAAGAGAGGAAAAUUUGAGCAGCUGAUCUUGAAGAUUUAAAAAUAGAGAUGAAAUACUGAGGGGGACUUUUUGUGGGUCUCAUUUCUCUGAGAGAGAGAGAGAAGAGAUCACGUUACAGGAACCCAUUUGAAGCCACAUCCCAUUGAAGGAGGAACCAGAGUUUGGGUUAGGUUUUCUUGCAAAGAUUAGUCUGUCUUGGAUGUUUGCUGCUUUAGGUAAAUGGUGCUCUGUGAAAACUCAGACAUGUUAUUUUGUAGCCUUUAUCAUGAUUUGACCCAGUCCCUCUAUUUUAAAUGACAGAACAGUAGAAUCCUUCAUGGUAAAGGAAUAAGUUGGUACUUUAUUCUGCUUCAUGGGUUUGUGGUCACAUCCCAGUCCAGGCUGCCCUGUUUCCUUCCUGUGUAUUGACACUUGAGUUGCUGCUUUUUACCUCCAAAGGAGCAGAAAAGUGUAUAGACCCGUGCCUUCUUAGAGGAUGGAAGAAAGAUAAAGUGUUUUCUUUUUGUUUGUUUAAUGUACUGUUUUAAUAACUUCUAAGGUCUUAGUCUAUUUAUUUCCUUUUGCUGCUCUGUGGGCACUUGUCACACCAUGUGGUGACUAGCCUUAUCUAGAGAGGGAAUUUCAUUAAAAAGGCAUUAAAAACCUUCAGAUUUUUUCUUUGCUUUCUCAAGCUUUCUUGUGGUUACGUUAUCUUACCAAUUUUAUGCAUUAGGUUUCUUAAUUCUGUUACACAAUGUAAAUUUAUAAAGUGCUUUGUGUUUCCCCUGUUAGCUGUUACUGCAGGUCACUUGGGAAACAUCUUAAUUCUCUUGAAUUGGGUGCUAUUGCUUCAAGAGAGAAGCUUGCACGUGCUUGUUUUUAAAACAACAACAACAACAACAAAAUUCUGGGGACCACAUCCUGAACUUGAAUGUUGCAUAAUGAACUACUCAGCUGUAGUCAUAAAGGAGAACUGUAAGAAUAUCCAUUGGAAUGGAGCAAGACUAUUACUUAAUUACACAACUCAAAACUUUUAGAAGAGGCAGCUGCAUUCCUUUGCCUGCAAAGGAAUGUUGUUGGACUGUUAACUGCUAUACCUCGUUGCCUUUUUUGUUCAUUUGUUUUGUAGGAGGGCAUGCACUGUUAGGCCAUGUGCACACGAUUGUAACUCUUGGUAUCUUUAUUCUAUCACAGUUAAUAAAGUUCUUUGUACCUUCUGGCUA